AAUAAUACUGCAGAUCCCUUUUGAGCUCACGUUUUGACCCGCUUCUCUCUCUCUCUCCCAAACACACACACGCACUCCGUUUAUAUAUUUGGGAUCUUCCACUCUCCUCUUAGCGCGCUCACAAUCACAUUGUGUUUUACUCUUACCCGUUUUCUGAAAUCUUCAUUGCACUUGUCUACUCUCUUCUUUCAUUCUUGCUCUUUUCUUAAUCUCCAAUAUUGCUUAUAGUCAAAAGCUGACAUUUUUAUCAAUCAAGAGGAGUGCUGGCAUUUGUUGAUACUUGAAGGGGUGAUUAGUUUUACAAACUUUAUGUAAAUCAUUGGGCAAAAACCUGCUUAAUCCUAUUCCUCUUUGAUGCAUUCAAUGGCAAUGCAGUUUCUCCCAUAGCCCUUUUUCAGCUGUUUUUUUUCCUCUGAAAUUUGAAGAAAAUACUUUGUGAGCGAGUUUUAUUUGAAAAUGGAGGAAUCAUUUGUGCCCUUUCGUGGGAUUAAGAAUGACAUUAAUAACCGGCUGCGUUGCUACAAGCAAGACUGGAGUGGUGGAUUCAAGGCUGGUUUCAGGAUCCUGGCUCCUACCACAUACAUAUUCUUUGCUUCUGCCAUUCCAGUUAUUUCAUUUGGGGAGCAGCUUGAGAGAAGCACUGAGGGGGUUUUAACUGCUGUUCAGACUUUAGCAUCCACUGCUGUUUGUGGCAUCAUACACUCAAUAAUUGGCGGGCAGCCAUUGCUGAUUCUUGGAGUUGCUGAGCCUACUGUGAUAAUGUACACAUUCAUGUUCAACUUUGCUAAGCAAAGGUCCGACUUGGGCCGUGAGUUGUUUCUCGCGUGGACUGGAUGGGUGUGUGUUUGGACUGCAGCUCUGUUGUUCCUGUUGGCUAUUCUUGGAGCCUGCUCCAUCAUCAACAGAUUCACCCGUCUGGCCGGGGAAUUGUUUGGUAUGCUCAUCGCCAUGCUCUUUAUGCAGCAAGCAAUCAAAGGAAUCGUGGAUGAGUUUCGCAUACCAAAAAGGGCAGACACGAGCCUACCCGCUUUCAUGACUUCAUGGCGGUUUGCUAAUGGCAUGUUUGCUUUAGUGCUGUCCUUUGGUCUACUGCUAACUGCACUGAGAAGCCGAAAAGCUAGAUCAUGGCGUUACGGGUCUGGUUCGCUCAGGAGCCUUAUAGCAGACUACGGAGUGCCACUGAUGGUGUUGGUGUGGACAGCAGUUUCAUAUAUUCCUUCUAAGAAUGUUCCGGAAGGAAUUCCAAGACGUCUCUCCAGCCCAAAUCCGUGGUCACCGGGUGCAUACGAGAAUUGGACAGUGAUAAAGGAUAUGCUAAAUGUACCGAUCCUUUACAUACUUGGAGCUUUCAUUCCUGCAACGAUGAUUGCAGUCCUUUACUAUUUUGACCACAGUGUCGCGUCUCAGUUGGCUCAGCAGAGUGAAUUCAAUCUGAGAAAGCCACCUUCCUUCCAUUAUGAUUUACUACUACUCGGUUUUUUGACGUUAAUGUGCGGUCUAUUAGGCAUCCCUCCAUCAAACGGUGUAAUUCCGCAGUCGCCAAUGCAUACGAAAAGCCUAGCCACUCUCAAACAUCAGUUACUCAGGAAUCGGCUCGUUGCCACAGCACGUGAAAGCAUUCAAAAGAACUCAAAUUUGGCACAAUUGUAUGGAAACAUGCAAGAAGCUUAUCAGCAAAUGCAGACUCCACUCAUCUACCAGCAGCCAUCAACUACUGGUCUGAAGGAACUGAAAGAGUCCACAAUUCAGCUGGCCUCGAGCAUGGGAAGCUUUGAUGCUCCCGUGGAUGAGACAGUUUUCGAUGUUGAGAAGGAGAUUGACGAUUUGCUCCCCAUCGAGGUCAAAGAACAACGUCUCAGCAACUUGCUGCAAUCCACCAUGGUUGGAGGGUGCGUUGCUGCAAUGCCCGCUUUGAGAAUGAUCCCCACCUCCGUGCUGUGGGGAUAUUUCGCUUUCAUGGCCAUUGAGAGCUUACCCGGCAACCAGUUCUGGGAGAGGAUCCUACUUCUCUUCACUGCACCGGGAAGGCGAUACAAGGUUUUGGAGGAAUACCACGCCUCAUUUGUCGAGACUGUGCCUUUCAAGACCAUUGCGAUGUUCACCCUAUUCCAAUUGACGUACUUGCUUCUCUGCUUCGGGAUCACAUGGGUUCCGAUUGCAGGGGUCCUCUUCCCUCUCCUUAUCAUGCUUCUAGUCCCCGUGAGGCAGUACGCACUGCCAAAGUUCUUCAAAGGCGCUCAUCUUCAAGAUUUGGACGCCGCGGACUAUGAAGAGGCUCCGGCCGUGCCAUUCAACAUCCCACAGGAGGGAGAACUCGGGUCGAGGCUCUCCUUUGCAGAUGGAGGAGAGAUCUUAGACGGGAUCAUCACAAGGAGUCGUGGUGAGAUCAAGCAUAUCUGCAGUCCAAAGGUCACAAGUUCGUCAUCUACCCCAGCUAAGGACAUGAAGCUGCAGAGCCCCCGUCUCUCUGAGAAAGCAUACAGCCCACGUGUAAACGAGCUGAGAGGCGGGAGAACUCCAAGAGGACCUUACAGCCCCAAGACCGGAGAAGUUGGGGCGUCUAAUCUGGGGAUGAGUCCACAUAACUCAACUUCAAACCAGUGAGAAAAAACGCGGGCGCCUUUAUCCGAGCGAUAGAGCUGUCCAAGAGUUUUCUUAGAGCUUUGCUUUGGUUAUGUUAUUGUAAAAAACUCUCCCCUCAUUGAGGGGAGACCUCUUGUAUAAUUAACCUUACAUUGAUUCCUUAAAUGCUGGAAAUAGUAAGUUUGUUGAAUAGCAUAAUGAAGACUUAUUUUCCUA